CCGCCGUAGUACAAAGUAGACCGCUUUUCAGCUCUGCUGAUCAGUACAUAACAAUCCCUUUUCCCCACCAGUUGGUCUCUGUGUACGUAGAGAAGUAUUCACGCAUCAUCACCUUUAAAAAUGGCCCAGUCUAGCAGCGAUGGUUUCCUCAGCCAACCGAAGGGAUUCUCCACUAAAGCAAUCCACGUUGCUCAGGAUGCUGAGCAGUGGAACAGCAUGGCCGUUGUGCCACCGAUUAGCAUGAGCACGACGUUCAAGCAGUCUGGUCCUGGGCAGCACGCGGGCUUCGAAUACGGACGCAGUGGAAACCCCACGCGGGACGUCCUGGAACGCUGCCUAGCCUCACUGGACAAUGGCCGUUUCGGAUUGACGUUCUCCUCUGGGCUUGGUGCGACGACCACGAUCAUCACGAUGCUGAAAAAUGGCGAUCACAUCGUCGCCGGCGACGAUCUGUACGGUGGCACGAACCGGCUGCUUCGGAAUGUUGCCAUGCAGAUGGGCAUUGAGAUCGAUUUCGUAGAUCUCACCAACCUAAAGCUGGUGGAGCAAGCGAUUAAACCGAACACGAAGCUGUUCUGGAUGGAAACGCCAACCAACCCGCUGCUGAAGGUGAUCGACAUUCGGGCUGUGUCGGAUAUUGCCCAUGCGCAUCCAGGUAUCGUUGUCGUUGUGGACAACACAUUCCUGUCCUCGUACCUCCAGCGACCAUUGGAACUGGGAGCGGAUGUGGUUAUGUACUCGCUCACCAAGUACAUGAACGGCCACUCGGAUGUCAUUAUGGGUGCCAUGGUCGUCAAUGAUCAGGAGAUCUACGAACGGCUAAAGUUCCUGCAGAAUGCCACCGGUAUUGUGCCUUCGCCAUUCGAUUGCUAUCUGGUCAAUCGUAGCCUGAAAACGCUUGCUCUGCGCAUGGAACGCCACAAGAGCAACUCGCUUACGAUCGCCAAGUUCCUGCAGACACACCCGAAGGUCGAACGGGUGUUGCAUCCGGGAUUGGAGAGCCAUCCGCAGCACGAGCUGGCCAAGCGUCAAACGUACGGUCACAGUGGCAUCAUGUCUUUCUACAUUCGUGGUGGACUUCAAGAAUCAACCAACUUCCUCAAGGCGGUGCAGGUGUUCACGCUCGCGGAAAGUCUCGGCGGAUACGAAAGCUUGGCUGAGUUGCCGUCCGUUAUGACGCACGCGUCUGUCCCGCUGGAGCAACGCAUAAAGCUUGGCAUUACGGAUGGGCUCGUGCGUUUAUCCGUCGGUCUGGAGGAUGUGGAUGACUUGAUUGCCGAUCUGAAGCAGGCCCUCGAUAAGGCUUAAGCCAUUUCUUUUUUUUUUUACACCGCCAAGCGAGCUAAUACAGUGAGGGUCGAUUGCUCUAUGCAUGCAAAAAACGCAAAUACACCACGCUUGAAUCGCA